CGACGCGGUUCUGGAGCGGUUGCGCGACGUAAGCGUGAAACAGCGCGAACGGCCGCUUUUCGAAGCCACAGUGGGACCCCUCAGGCCAAGGGCCGAAGUCUCCCAGCGACUUCCCAAUGCCUCCUACCGCCUCCAGAGCCUAUGGAAGUUGCAAGCGCUCCUCCUAGAAGAUCUCAACCUCCAACCACACAGCCUUCCAGCCAGCAGCAAGCACCUCGAAGCGGUGAAUAUCAGCUGACCGAACUGAAAAAUGUGCCUACUAGAGCAGCAAGAGUCGCCUCUGAUGAUUUCGAUAGGGGAGAGAAAGCUUUCCCUACCAUUGACUCAUCGAUCGACGAAGAACUGGCGUUGAGCGCUACAGCUCCUGAGUCACAACCGCGCGAUGUUACAGACGAAGAUUUCCAGAUUCGAUUGAUCAAUGCAGUUCGUGAAAAUCCCUGCUUGUACGAUCCACUGAACGAGUAUUACCGAGAUAAGCCUGAGAAUACGAAGUUCCGCCUCAGAGUUUGGGACCAGAUUGCAGAGGAAUUGCACUGGCAAUCUGACUUGAGCUUACUUAUCGACGAGUGGCCAUCGCUUUCGUGA